AUGCAUGCCAUGUCAACAUGGAACUCGAUCUCGUUCCUAACUGAAAGUUGCGCCCAACGCAAAUAUUCAAUGAAAGAUCGUGAAGAUUUCCUACGAGAACAAGCCAGAUUAUACAAGACUCUUCUGGAAAACUACAAUCAACGAUUACCACCUGUUACUACUAUCGGUAAUAAAUCUGAAAGGAUCGAUCUCCCCCGAUUCGAAGUAACGGUAACACUGCUAUUCCUGAAACUUAUUCGCAUGGUCGAAACGGAAGCGAAGGUGGACUUUUUAUUCGAUUAUCAGAUGAGUUGGAUCGAUGAACGUCUGAAAUGGUCACCCGAUGAUUACUGUGGAAUCACGCAUCUUUAUGUGGGCUUCGAAGACAUUUGGAUCCCGGAAGUCUCCAUCGUUGAAGCGCACUCAUCACAAGACUUUCGUGAAGACUACCAAAAGCACGUAUGGGUACAAGACUUUCCCUUCGACGAGCAACAUUGCGCUGUCAAAUUGAUGCCGCAGUCAUUUUCACCUCAGGAAUACGGAAUCCAAACGAAACUCGGUCCAGAUCUUACGACUGCAUUGGAUUCACUGAGUAGCUAUAUGUUCCUUAUGAAGCGAAAUCCAUCAUUCUAUCUCUCAAUGAUCAUUGCUCCAUCAUUCGUCAUCAAUGUACUCUCAAUUUUGGGAGUGUUUUUAAAGGCUGCUGAUAGCAUGGGAAAGCUCGGAAUGGCUUUGACGAAUAUUAUGUCACUGACAUUUGUACUUGGAAUACUAGCCACUACUUUGCCGAAGACCGAACAAUUGCCUAGAAUCGGUAUAUACGUCGUGGUGAAUUUGAGCAUUAUGGUAGCAGCGUUGAUCAUUGUCCUGACAUUGCCGCACGUAACGAGAAGGAUAUUCUCGCGUAUCGGCAUGGCAGAUGACUUCAAAGGAGAGAUAAGUAAAAAGAAACAGGAAAAGCCGUACAUGACGCUGAACUUUGUUGCGUUCGUGCUGUUGGAGCUUGCGAAUCUCAUUAAUUUUCUCAUACUUGUAAUUUAA